CCUCAGUCGAUUUGGUCGGGCGUGCAUCCAUCCUUCGCACCAGCGUCCUGCUCCUGGGCCCAUAUCCCCGUCGCUGCAUCGGCCUGCCUGUCCCGUCGCCAGUGUCUCCGUCUCCUGCCACGAUCACCGUCGAAUCGAUCCAACCCCGGCGCAUAUCUGCAUCAUCAUCGCUGCCACGGAUCAUCGCAGUCCCGUCACCCACUUCCCGCCUGUCUCCUGUAUCCGAUCGACCCUUCCUGUCCCUUCAACCCAAUCCGGCCCGCACACCAUGACCUCUCGCAGCGGGCUAUCCACCCCGCCGGAUCUGGACCUGUGGCACGCCGUCGACGCCCAGAAGGAGUGGAGGGAUGCUGAAAUGCAAAAGACCUGGGAUCAGAAGGCUAAGGAGCUCAUAUCGGCACCGCCCGCCCCAGUCCCAUGGGACAUUGUCGACAUCGAUGAGUCUCAGCCCGUGCUGCUCGAGCCCCUGACCAUCAAGCCCGAGCUCGAUCUGUCGUCGUUUUCCGACCCCAUCGGCUUCACUCUCGACGAUGUGCCCGACCACGACGGCGCCAACGCCAACGCCAACCCGCCACACCAUCCCCUGAGUCUGCUUGAGCCUGCCAGCGAGUUCAGCGACCUGCAUGAGCAGCAAGAAUUCCAACCCGACGACAAGCUGCCCGCCGUCCGUGUCGAGGAAGAUGAUGAUGUCGUCACUCUGGCCUCAGGAGCCAACACGCAGUCGUCGUCCCUGACCGACCUCGAUGUCCCUGGCAUCUCCGUGACUUCCCAAGACAUCGCUGAUGGUGCACAGCCAGAGCCUUCUGGAGCAGAGCCGAUAGCAUCCAGCUCGUCUGCCUCUGCACCGAUACCGAUACCAACUUCCGCUUCAACAUCGUCCUCAGCUCACCCUUCGGCUAGCCCCAGCGAUUCGUCCGAGCGCCCAGCUUCUCAGCCCAAGGACAAAAAGCCCAACCUGCUAGCAGGGGUCCUGAAAAAGGACGGCGCUCCUGCUCCCCACCAUGGCCACUCUCACCAGCGCGUCCACUCUGAGCCCCACAACUUGAACCUGCCUGCCACCCUUGCUGCCGCAUUCGGAUAUCUGUCAAAGUCCAGCACCGUUGCCGCGGCCAUGGUGCGCACCGCCAGCCAGAACUCGCUCGUUCAGAUGGGUGUCAACGCCACGGCUCCGUCCGCGCCGUCGCAAUCGACCGCUCUGGUUGUCUCGAACAAACCCCUGCCCGACCCCGUCGUCGACCAGUUGGACGACGAGACCGACGACCUGUCCUCGACCAUCACGCUCUACCAGGGAUUCCGGGCCGUCUACCCCAAGAUGGCGACGGCCCAGGGGCAGCAGAGUGUGCGUGGCCGCCCCGCCCCCGCCGGAUCGCGGUUGAUGCUCGAAAACGGCCCAGCAAGCGACAGCCCAGCAGCUGGAGGCGAAUUGCAGGUCUCGAAACGCAAGUCCGUCAACCUAACCCGGGAAAACUCGAUCCUCUCCCGGCUACCCAACAAGGCGCGCAACCAUGCCGCUGCCAUCACCAACAUUGCUCGGAUCUUCACGGAGCUCCUCAAUGAGCGCGACCAGGUCCUCCAGGAAAGCGAGCGGCUCACGGCGCAGACGUCCGUUAUCACCGAGGAGCUGCGCCAGAUCGAGGAUUUGAUGACCGAGCUCGUCAGGCGCAAAGGCGAGCUCGAGGAGCGUCUUCAGCACGUGUCAGAGCGGGAAGAAGUCGUCGAGUCCCUGCUUGGUGAGCUCGAUGAGCGCAUCAGCUCCAUCGGCGAGGAAACCUCUCAGUUUGAACGCAAGCUGAGAUCUAUCAAGGGCGACCACGCGCCUGCAGCCGCUCGCCACCAGAUCGCUGCUCCCUCGCCGACCCCCUCCAACACAUGUCUCAAGACCCUCUACGGCCACACCGACUCCAUCAUCACUCUCGACUUUGACACACCGCAAGGCACCCUCGCCACGGGUUCGUCGGACAAAACUAUUCGCAUCUGGGACCUGAGCAGCCAUCGAUGCUCGGCGCUGCUGGACGGACAUCUCGGCAUCGUGCGCACUCUCCAGAUCAGCGACGGCGUGCUGCUGUCGGGCUCGACAGACCACACCAUCAAACACUGGGACCUCACGCGACUGGACCCUCUGCCACUAAGCCCUGGCAAGUCGGACUCGGGUGCCAUCGCGGCAGCCUCGGAGCCGCACUCGCGGCCGCUGCAUGACGAGGUCUGCGCCCGCACCUUCCAGGGACACACUGCCGGAGUGACAUGCCUCAAGUUUGACUCGACGUGGCUCUUGAGUGGCAGCUUGGACAAGACCCUCCGCCAGUGGGACAUGACCACUGGCCAAGAGAUCACCGUGCUUAGGACCGAGAAGUGGGUUGCCAGCGAGGCGCCGGUGUCGCCCGUGCUACGCGACAACCCCUUCCUGGAUGACGACGACCUGCUGGAUCGCCAGCCGAACGGGACCCGGAUCCAGGACGUUGGCGGCUCGGUGCACUCGCUCGAGUUCAUCCAACACGCCCUCGUCUCGGGCUUCGCCGACGGCAUUGUGCGAUUGUGGGAUCUGCGCACCGGACAGUGCCAUCGCGAGCUCAACGGGCAUGUCGGCGGCGUGAACCACGUGCGAUUCGACUCGUCCUUUGUCAUCAGCGCUGGUGCUGACCGGUUUGUGAAGAUAUGGGAUCUGAGAACCGGUCAGAUUGUUGAACAAUUCCGACUGCAACACAGUGUCUCUGAGUUUUCCUGCGACUCCAAGCGGAUCGCUAUCGCAGGUGCCAAGGAAGUAACGAUCUACAACCGCGCCACGCUCCAAUAUUAUGCCCUGGACGGCCACUCCAAGCCAACCAACUGCGUCAAGCUCUUUGACGAGACCCUGGUGACGGGUGGCAUGGACCAUACGACCAAGUUAUGGAAGCUAUAGACUUGAAAACUCCGUUUUUUGCGCACUCUCCAUUGUCACCCUCGAGCCCUCGCUUCUCUCGCCACCUUUGCACAACUCCUCGCUCUUCACCACCCCCCCCCACCAUCGAUCGCCUCUCCUCCCCCAUGUCCUCACUGCUGUAUUUUCGUUUGAACUCGCCUCCUUCCUUACUCAUGUCGACGCUCUUUACCCUGCUCCCUCGCCGCCUUUGUCCUCCGCACCUUCCACCACUUUCACGCUCGCCGCACAUCGAAGCGGCCCUCCCCAUCGCGCUGCAGGGGGAUUGCGUGGCUUUUUUUUCGGACUCCUUGUAAAAAUGAAAUCGAAAAAAAGAAAGAAAGAGUAAAGCCCGGAGCCAAUAUCCACACCGCGAUAUCGCCGCCUUGCUCUCCGCCUCCACGACGCUGCGGAACCUGCCGCUCCCUCGACAAGAUCCGGCACCCAUGGCCCACGAUCCACUGUACCAAUC